CUUCUAUUUUAAAUUUCCUUUUAAUCUCUCCCCAUUUCUCGUUAGGCGGCACCGAAAGGAUGGGAGUUCUUGCGAUUUCUUCUUCCUCCAUGGCCAAUCCGAGCUCUCCCUCUUCUCCCUCUUCAACAUUUCCACUCCAGUGGUUGUGAUUUCGGUUGGCGUGUAGUGAUGUAUGUCUAGAGGCUUGAUUCCGCUGGAGUAGCGAAUAUGAGCUCUACCUCAUUCUCCCAUUGUCUCUGUGGAUGUAGGUGUUUGAUUCCUCUUGGCUAGGUUUUGGUUUCAGUGUGGAUUUGUGGUCUGUAUCGGUGGGGGUUGUGCUUCUUCAUGUUGAUUAUUGUGAUAAUUCUUUCUAAAAUUGUGAUCUAGUUAAGUGGAGUGCAGGUAGUGUUUUAGCCAAACCUCCCCCCUCUGAACUCAUCUAUUUAGUCAUAUACUCCCUCCGUUUUGAUUUACUCGUCGUGGUUUUAUAAAUCGGAACGGAGGGAGUAUAUAUGAAGCAACCAAAUCUGUUUGGGUGUGGGUGUGUGUGUGUGUGUUUGCUGGUUUGCCUUUUUUUGGUUAGUUAAUGUGUCUUUCAGUUAUUGUCUCUGUUCAUGCUUAUCUCUGCACAAAUAGUUGUUGCAACGGACUAUUGGAACUUUCGAUGCUCACACUAUAUUAGGCUGUUUAAUGUUUAGCUUGGUGUUAUGUAGUACCUGUUUGUUCACUACAUUUGGAGUAUGGUUCUGGCUCACACUGUAUUUGUAAUUCUACUAUAAAUUUGCACUAUAAAUCUAUUGAAAUUAUACUGUUAAUCCACUGCAAUUACAUGUAAUUCUACUGUAUGUUUACACUGUAAUUCUAUUGUAAAUCGCACUGUAAAGCUACUAUAAAUUACAGUAUUGAUCUACUAAAGUUACACUGUAAUUCUACUGUAUUGUUUACUUUGUAAUUCUGCUGUAAAUUACACUGUAAUUCAACUAUAAUAUAAUGUAUUUUCACUGUUAUUUAACUGUAAAUCAAUUGUAAAUUACAAUGUGAUUCAAACUGUAAAACUCUGAUCUUCUACUGUAAUUGAAGAAUGGUACACUCUAAAUUACACUAUAAGUUCUUUUACUCUUUUUCAACUCUUCCUUUUUGUGUGUCAUGUAAUCUGCUUAUAGGAUUAGUUUAAUGGGUAGACUACGGAAGGUUCUCACCAGGACGUUCCUGUAGUAUCAACUUUUGAAACUGCAGAUUCUUUCGAUGAACCUUUUGUGCCCAGCAAUUUUGUUGUUUAUGAUUCAUAUGAGUUGUCGUUGGUAGUUAUUCUUGUCUAUUUUUUGUUAUUUUCCUCAUUUGGUUUAGUUCUUUAUUUUAGUUCAUUUUAAUUUGUUUAUUGGCUAUCUCUUUUUAUGCAGGAACUAUUUGUAGAUGAUGGCAACUUUCAGAAAGCUCUACUGAAGUUCUAUAUGAAUCAUUUGCGUGCUAUUUGUUUACUUGAGUCCUUGUAUUUUUUAUUUUUCUUUAUUUAUGCCUUUUCCACCUUCCUUUGGUUUACAGUCUUCUUCAUUCAUUUGUUAUUUUUUUCAGAAAGUAAAAUGUUUGAAAUGAAAGCUUUCAUGUGCCGGCACAAAGAAUGUGGAGCCUACGACCCCCUUGAUCCAACGGGCAACAUCACAAUCAGAUGGGAUGUGAGGAGCUGGGUUCCAGAUGGCUAUGUGGCUGAGGUUUCACUAUUCAACUAUCAGCAGUACCGCCACAUUCAGCCACCAGGAUGGAAGCUCGGGUGGGUGUGGUCAAAGAAGGAGGUAAUCUGGUAUGUGCAGGGUGGACAGGCUACAGAGCAAGGCGAUUGCUCCAAAUUCAAAGAGAUUAUCCCUCACAGCUGCAAGGUGAACCCGGAGAUAGUCGACCUGCUUCCCGGGGCACCUUACAAUAGGCAGAGGGCCAACUGCUGCAAAGGAGGAGUCCUCAGCUCACUGGCACAGGACCCUGCUAAUGCUGUGGCCUCCUUUGAGGUUUCAGUUGGUCGAUCAGGGACCACAACCAAGACCCUGGAAUUGCCUGUGAAUUUCACUCUGAAGGCCCCUGGUCCAGGGUAUACCUGUGGACCUGCAACCAAGUUAGAUGAACCUACAAAGUUCACUACACCAGAUGGAAGUAGGAAAUCUCAAGCCCACAUGACAUGGACUGUGACUUGUACCUACUCACAGUUUCUCGCACUGAGGGGAAACUCACCUUAUCUUGGUUCUGUCAUGAAUGGUCAAGACAAGAACGGCUUGGCAUCUCUGGUCCAAUGCACUACUCAUAUGUGCCCAAUAAGAGUUCAUUGGCAUGUGAAGGCUAACUACAAGGAGUACUGGAGAGUAAAGAUCACAGUGACAAACUUCAACUACGGGAUGAAUUACUCGCAGUGGAACCUAGUAGCUCAGCACCCUAAUUUCAACAGCUUGACUAGCAUUACCAGCUUCAACUACACAGCUCUGAACCCUUAUGGACUUAUGAAUGACACCGCUCUGUUAUGGGGCAUCAGGCACUACAAUGAUUAUCUCUUGACUGCUGGACCUGAUGGAUAUGUUCAGUCUGAGCUACUAUUCCGGAAGGACCCGUCAACAUUCACCUUGCGGGCAGGAUGGGCCUUUCCAAGAAGAGUGUACUUCAAUGGCGACAAGUGUGUGACGCCGCCUCCAGAUGCGUACCCGUGGCUGCCAAACGCAUCCACGAAAUCAACCAUAUCAGUUAUCGUCCCAUUGGUUCUUUGGAUGCUAGCUAAUCCCUACUUCUGAGAAGAAUGAAGAGGAAAAAGCUCGGAAAAAUCCUUUGCUAUGGAGCCAAAUUGCUGCUGGUAGUGGCGUCUGAGUCAACAGGAAUAGAGGCGGGGCACCGUUGACAAAGACUGGAAUGGAAAAAAGAAGCAACAAGUUGAAGUGGUGAAAAAAGAAGGUGCUGUGAACUAUCAGGUUGUUGUUGUGUGCUCUGGUUUUGCUUUCUUAGGUGCUAUCCUUGUUCCUGGUAUGCUUUGCUAGAGAUGCGCUGUUUGAGUUUCUUUUACUGUAGUUUUGUGUACUUCCCAAGUUCCCAGAGCAGAGGACUUGUCAGUAGGCUCUUGGUAGAAAAAAGACCUCUGUUACUUUUGCUGUGUUAUCAGCUUCUUAAUUGAAGUUGGGGACGUUGCCCCUUGAGUCAAAAAAAAUGAAAAAGGAUUACUUUCCUCAUCUAAUCAAUCAUUUUGCUGGUC